CUACAAUAACAUAUGUGCUGACUAUUCAAGGCAAAAUAAUGGCAAGUUCUAAUUUCAAGCUGGAUGGCACUAUCCCUACUGUCACAUGGGCUGAUCCAAAGAGUGCAACUCAUCACUCUGCUGCAUCUCAGGCAUCUGUAACUCCUGUUUGUUGUUGAUCCAUUCUUAGUUACACUUUGCUGGGAAGCUCUUCUGAAGUUUCUCGAUUGAUCAUCUUAAAAUGGAUAGACCAUAGUUGUCUGAAUUCCUGGUAGUUCGAAGCGCAUUUGCUGAAAGGUGAGGCUAUUGAGACUCAGAAUCUGGUCAUGAGCCCUGGAAUUUGGAUAAAAACAAAAAGGAACCACAAAGAUGAAGUUUAUGAAACUUGGGACAAGGCCAGACACAUUUUACACGGAAGAAGCAACAAGUUACAGAUAGUGAACAAAGAUGGAGACCCUUUUUUUGCAUAUACUGAUGAAAGUUGUGAUUGACAUCUUAGUUUGGACAAACAUUUGCAGAACUGUGACUUAAGAUACACCGACGGACCUAAUUUUACGAAUCAACAACAUCAAUUAUCUUCUCCAUAAGUUUGCUCUGCUACCAAAAUGCGGUCUCUUACAACAGCUUUGCCCAACGGAUGAUGGUGAAAUCACCAUAGAUCACCACGACAUUCCUGGAGGUGAAGAGGCUUUUGAGUUGUGUGCUAAAUAUUGCUACGGAAUUACCAUCAACUUCAGCGCGUAUAACUUUCUACCUGUAUUUUGCGCUGCCAAGUUCCUCCGGAUGACCGAAGCGGUGGAAAAAGGAAAUUUUGUGCUGAAGCUCGAGGCUUUCUUCCAUCUGUGCACCCUCGAGGGCUGGAAGGACUCCAUCAUCACGCUUCAGACUACAAUCAAAUUACCUGAAUGGUCUGAAUCUCUUGGAAUUGCUAAGAGGUGCAUGGACUCAAUUGUGGAGAAAAUUCUCACUCCUUCACCAAAGGUCACAUGGUCUUAUACUUAUACGAGACCAGGAUAUGACAAGAAACAUCGCCAAUCCGUACCUCGUGACUGGUGGACAGAAGAUAUUUCUGAUCUAGACAUAGACCUGUUCCGAUAUAUUAUCGUUGCAGUACGAUCGACCAAUAUGUUUCCUUCACAGCUUAUUGGUGAAGCUUUGCAUGUCUAUGCCUCUCGCUGGCUACCAGACACGAUGAGGACUAGGACUAUCGGAAGUGCUGCAUCACAACCAGAAGAAAUCACAGUGAAGAAACGGCGAAUCCUAGAGGUUAUUGUGAGCAUGAUCCCAGCGGAGCGGGGUUCUCUUUCAAUUAAUUUCCUGCUAAGGCUUCUGAGUCUUGCAAACUAUCUAGGAUCAUCUCCAUUAACUAAAACUGAACUCAUCCGGAGGUCCAGUCAACAGUUGGAAGAGGCGGCGGUGAGCGAUCUGCUGUUUCCUUCUUAUUCCACAUCAGACCAACACUUAUACGAUGUGGAAUUGGUACGGUCAGUGUUGGAAAGUUUUUGGGUACUGUGGAGAAGACAAGCUCCUGGACCUUCAGAGAAGGGAGAGUCUAUGAGAUCAGUUAGGAAGGUCGGGAAGCUCAUUGAUUCUUAUCUUCAAGUGAUAUCCAAGGAUGUCAACAUGCCUGUGUCGAAAGUAGUAUCUCUUGCCGAAUGCUUGCCAGAUAUUGCCAGGCCACUGCAUGAUGACUUCUACAAAGCUAUUAACAUCUACCUGAAGCAAGAGCAUCCUGAUUUGUCCAAAGCCGACAAGAAGUUCCCCUGUCGAAUUUUAGAUUGCCAGAAGCUGUCUCUGGAGGUACGGGCGCAUGCCGUGAAGAACGAGCGCCUGCCCUUGCGGACCGUGGUUCAAGCCCUCUUCUUCAACCAAGAGAAAACCGCGAGGGGAGCAACAACACCUCAUAAUAGCUUGGCUUCAUAUGACGCCACAACUUGGGGAAAGGAGACACUCGCUGCAAGAGAAGAUCAAGGCAAGGAAAAGCUAAGCCCGGAAGUUCGAUUUCCGAGAGCAGAUGGCCCGACAAUAUUCGUAGCCGAAAUCAGCACAACAGAUCAUCCUAGGAGAAUGCAACCGGACAUGAAUCUACCGCGAGAAUUGGAGAGGAAGUUGGUGAUGAGGGAGACAGAGGAAGGAGUAGAGUCAUCAGAGAAGGCAAAGGAUGUUGCCGAAGAGGAAAGAUCGCAAAGAAGCAUGUCGGACCCCCAUAAGAUCAGGAAAAGAACUGGCAGAUCGGAUCGUGGCCAUAAUAAAGGGCGAGAGAGAUAGCGAAUUGGCUGAUGGUCGUAUAU